UCUCUCCAAAACCCUAAUUGAGCUCCACUCGAUUCAGAUUCUUCAGUAUUCGGUCCAGGUAUGAUUACAGACCCUUAGGGUUUCACCCUCAUUCUUCCGCUUGAUUUUUCCCCAUUCCGAAAUUUCAAAUUGAUUUCGUCAGAGGGCUCCACUAUGGCGUCGGAUCCGAUUCCAGGCAUGGAGACGGUGGUCGCCACCGUCAGCGGGUACCGCGGAUCUGAGCUGGUGGAUCUGAUCGAGCUCAUGACUCAUGCCGGUGCCAACUACAUCGGUAAAUUGUCGUCCGCCAACGCCUUCACUCAUUUGGUGUGCAGGAAAUUUGAAGGGAAGAAAUACGAAAUGGCGAAACGGUUCAGGCUCAUAAUCGUUAACCACCGCUGGAUUGAGGACUGCGUUAAGCAUGGGAAGAGAGUUCCUGAGCAACUCUAUACGCUGCAAAGUGGAGAGGAAGUGGGACCCUUAUGCAUGAAAGCUCCGCUUGUCACUAAACCAGGAUCCUCAGCGAAGAAAGGGAAAGCGGCUGCUGAUGAACCCCGUGUUUUUGGAAACUCUGAAGAUAUCAUCGAUCUGGGGUGUCGAUCUUCCUGGCAGGGUGUUUUAACUGAUUCACGUCUGCUGAAUGAGAAUUCAUUUGCUGAAUUCAAACAAAACAAUAGUUCCCAGAAGCGACAGAAUAACUCUGUGAAAACAAAUUCAAAGAAAGAGCUACAAUCUAGUAGCAUGGACUGUUUUGAAGAUCCUCCUUUAUCCAGAUCACUCAGAAUGGAGAACUCGUAUCCUGAAUUUAAAGAAAAUAAUAGUUCCCAGAAGCGUCAAACGAAAGAUGUAAAAACAAACUCUAUAAAAGAGCUACAAUUUAGAAGAAGAAACUGUUUUGAAGAUCCUCCUUUAUCCAGAGCACUCAGAAUGAAGGAGUCUUGCGGGCAUUCAGUUAGAGCUGAGAGAAAUAUUCCCAGGGACAUUGGAAUGAGCAUGGCGGCUGAAAUUCCACGUAAAAAAAGGAGGCUUGUGAAAAAGAACAUUGGCUCUGCAAGAUCAGUACUCUCAGACUCAGACUCUGAUCGUGAAUGCCAUCCUACUGGAGUUCAAAGUAUCCAUGACGACAGGGUCACAAUCCUUUCUGAUGAUUCUAAUGACGAUUUAGACACUGGAUAUAAAGGUGGUGAAGUUGGUGGUAAUCACUUAUCUACUUCCAAGGAUCCCAAUAUAUCUGUUGUGAAUAGAUCAAUUGCUCCAGAGACAACUCCACAAAAUGGGUGCCUUGAUGCAGAGAAAUUGGAAAUCGGGUCGGAAAGUGAUCAAGCCACCAAAGGUCCUUUGCAGGACUUUUCAUGUGUUAUAUGCUGGACAGAGUUCAGUACUACCAGAGGAAUUUUGCCAUGUGGUCAUCGAUACUGUUAUCCUUGUAUUGAAAAUUGGGCUGAUCAACUGAGUUCGAGGAGAAAGAUUUCAACAUGCCCUUUAUGCAAAGCUCCUUUUACAGCCAUUACCAAGGUUGAUGAUGCCAUCACUAGUGAUCAGAAUAUAUUUUCUCAAACCAUUCCAUCUGCCCCAAAAGUAGACAUUUCAUUUCUUAUUGACCAGGGAACAUCUAAUUUUGCUGCUCAGUCUGCAUCAGUAAAUGUUUGUGCUGAGUGUCAUUCUUUGGAACCUGAAGAGCUGCUUGUCAGUUGUAAUGUCUGCCGAAUUCGGCGCAUCCAUGCCUACUGCCAGGACCCUCCUUCAGAUACAUGGACAUGCAUUUUCUGCAAAGAUCUUCGAAGUCUAUACCGCAGCAGCUAUCAUCGAUACUGAUGAAUCCUAGACAAUUAUCAAUAUUACCUCAACCUAUAUAAUAUACUGUCAUAUUUACUGAUGUUGUGCUUCUGACGGAUAAAGCAUUCCCCAUCUGGUAGUGAAUGCUGCUCUUGUAGCUCUACCAUUCCUUAGUCGAUAUCUUUACAAAGUAGUAUUUCUCCAACUUGAGUUGAAACCAAAAUAUUUAAUCAAGGAAUGCUCUAAAAGGCUAAAUAUACUUUGGUUGUCCAGUUUAUGUAUCGCACACCAUGACUGGUGAAGUUGAACCAGAACCCUACUUGCUUUAAACCUAGAUAGUGAAGUGGAAGAGUUUGGUUUGUGUAUAGUUCAUUUGUUGGUUAUACUCUUUCAUCAUCUUAGCCAUUUCACAUCCCUUCACAAGAGAAGUGUAACAUACAAAUAACUUUAGCUUUUCAAUGUCUGAUUCAUGAUUGCAAUAAAAUGGAUUAAGAUUUUAGAGUGGUUUCUUUCACUCAUUUCUUCUA